UCCGGGGGUCACGGUGAAUAUGGUUGCUGUUGCCAAUCUUACCAAUCAAGAACUUAAAGUCAGUGUGGAAAGCGGUGGCUGUUCUAUUGCACGCCUUGAUGGCACUGUAGUUGGCAAAGGACACGUUAAAAGCGAGCAGUAUGAGCUCGACUUUCUCGACGCCACUAGUGGAACUGCCUGGUACAUUGUCUCAAAUGCUGCUGAACACAUGACUGGCAACCUGCACCUCCUGACAAACUUCACCGCCACUCGCCCAGGCCGCCCUGUCCGGACUCACACAGGCGAGACGCUUCAGGUGUGUGGCAAGGGUUCCCUGAGCUCCACCCAGCUGUCUGUCCCUGGUGUCAGCUACGUCCCGGGGCUCACCGAGAACAUCAUCUCAGUGACCCAGCUCACCGACAGUGGCUUCAGUGUCGCGUUCGGCCCCCAUGGCUGCACUGUCAUGAGGAACCGCGGUGGGGCUAAGGUUGGUUACGCUUACCAUGCAGGCGGACAGCUGUACCGGCUCGACUACCUCAGGGUCGCUGACAGCAAGUAGCUUCUGAACC